AUGGUUGAAAAAGCUUCUCUAGAGUCUGCUAGGCUCAACGGUCUCCGAAUGGACAAUCCUUCUGAAAACCACUGGACGCUGCGCCCUGUGACGGAUGAUACUGCGGCACUUCAAUUUGCCGUCAACAACGCCACUGCUGCCGGCCAAAUCUUGUUCAUCGAUGCCGGGUCUUACAUUCUCACACACACGGUUGUUAUUCCCCCAGGCGCUGUUAUUGUUGGCGAGACCUGGUCUCGGCUUGCAGCCAGUGGGCCGUUCUUCUCGGACCCUGAAAAUCCCAAAGUCAUGCUCAAGAUUGGUGAAGAGGGUAGCCAGGGAUCUGUAGAGAUGCAGGACCGUAUUUUCACAAGCAAAGGUGCUACGGCUGGUGCUAUCCUCGUCGAGUGGAACAUCCAAGCAACUAAACAAGGUUCUGCAGCUCUUUGGAAUUGCCACGUCCGUCUUGGAGGUGCUACGGGCACUGAUCUUACUCCAGCAGAAUGUCCAACGUCCGAUUCAGGAUCGCCCAAGUGCCAGGUUGCAAGCUUGAUGAUGCACUUGACUCCCAAGGCCUCUGGAUACUUUGAGAACAUGUGGCUCUGGGUAGCCGACCACAUGAUUGACGAUCCCAAGCCCGACGACCCCAGCAACGACAUGGAACAGUUGUCUGUAUUUUGCGCUAGAGGCUUCUUAAUUGAAAGCCAAGCACCCACAUGGCUGUAUGCUACGGCAUCAGAGCACUCGGUCAUGUACCAGUAUAACUUUAAUGCCGCGACUAAUGUGUUUGCCGCCAUGCUUCAAACCGAAUCGCCGUACUAUCAGCCCAUCGCUAAGCCACCAGCGCCUUUUGACAGUUCUGUAGGCAUAUUCAAGAGCGAUCUUCCAUAUGAUUGCAAAGACAACGAGUUUGGUGGCUGUGAUGCAUCCUGGGCCUUCUCGUCCUACAAGCAAGCUUGUAUCGACACCCAGGAAUGCCAAAAAGCCCUGACGCUCUUUGACGACAACUACUCCAACAUUCGCAUUGAUGGGCUGAUUACCAUUGGAGCCAAGUACAUGGCACUUAUCAACGGCAAAGGAAUCGAAGCCAAGGACAAUAUCAACGUCAAGGAUCACCCGCGAUGGUCACUUGUGGUUGCCUUGGUGAUCAAGCCAAAGGAUGGUAAAGCCCCUACCGAUAAGGGUGGCCCAAUCUAA